CACGGGACAGGACUCCGACAGAGGAUCAUAUGACUGGCAGAGAAUUGUGAGCAGACUGCCGACCAAUGACCAAGACAACGAUGCAUUGGCUGGCCCACUUCCAGGUCAUUUUGAUAUGCAUUUGGCUAAUGUGCCCCAGCUCGAAGGCCAUAAAAUGCGACACCUGUGGCAAGGAGUGUGCCAGCGCCUGUGGCACCAAGCAUUUUCGGACCUGCUGUUUUAACUACCUUCGCAAGCGAUCUGAUCCGGAUGCACUGCGUCAGAGCUCGGAUCGAAGGCUCAUUGACUUUAUCCUGCUGCAAGGACGAGCUCUCUUCACCCAGGAACUGCGGGAAAGACGCAACAAUGGCACUUUGAUAGACCUCGGACUGAACACCUACUACCGCUAAGGACUCCUCCCCCUGAUGACUCUUACUGUAUUGAUAAUGAUUGAUAACGAUGAUUGAUAUGAUCCAAUGGCUUUAACAAACGGUUGAAAUGCUUGAAAGGUUAAACUUCCAAUAAAGGCACACACUUCUUUGGGGCACUGUGCUUGAUGAAGCA